CUUAUUUUCACACAUCUUUUUUGCGUACCAAAGUACCUGUUCGGGACCAGUUUGCUAAUAGAAAUGUUUAUUCGAAGUUUAAUCUCAGCGUGAGAUAUUGUAUUAAAAAUAGGUUUUAGAUUGUUUUUAUCGGGAAAUGAUAAUUUUAUAAAAUCGUUGUACUCCUUGAACUAUAAUAAUAAAAACAAUAAUAAUAUUACUAAAUUAGUAUUAUGGCAUUGUUGGGGUUGAAGACUGGCUUGUUUUUUGCGGCAAUGUCGACAAUUUAUAUGUUAUUUAAAGUGAAAGAUUACUUAUAUGUGCCACCAAUACCAGCAUACGAGGAACAAUGGUGGGGACCGGGUGAACCCCAUCCAGUUAAUGAGAGCGUCAGGCCUUUCAGGAUUAAUGUGUCUCAAGAGAUUCUCGACGAUCUCAAAUACAGAUUAGAAAAUACUUUACCUUUCCAAAAACCCCUUGUGGGUGUCAAGCACCAUUAUGGUAUUAAUACAAACCUUCUUCAAAAUAUUAUGGAUUUCUGGAAAACUGAAUACAACUGGAGAGAAAGAGAGAAGUAUUUUAACAAAUAUCCUCAUUUUCUUGUCAACAUUCAAGGGCUAGAUAUUCACUUUAUCCGUGUAAAGCCGGAAACUACCAAAGAUCUUAAAGUAUUGCCUUUGUUGGUACUACAUGGUUGGCUGGGAUCAGUGAGAGAGAUGUAUGAAUUAAUACCGUUACUGACGACACCACGAAAGAAAAAAGAUUUCGUGUUUGAAGUUAUUGUUGUUUCGUUACCAGGAUUUGGUUACUCUGAUGGAGCAUCUAAACCAAAUCUAGGAUCUUUCCACAUUGGAGUAAUAAUGAAAAAUCUCAUGCUGAAAUUAGGAUUCGAAAAAUUUUACGUCCAAGGUACAGAUUGGGGUGGAGCUAUUGUACAACAUAUGUCUGUCCUGUUUGAAGAUAAUAUAGUGGCUAUGCAUUCUAAUAUGUGUAUAGUACGAUCUAGAUUUUCUACAAUUAGAGUAUUUCUUUACGAUAUGUAUCCCGAAUUAUUUAUGGCAGAAAAUGAAGACAGGUAUGUGGAUUUGUUGUUCCCGUUAACGAAACUUUGGUCAUUUAGGAUAUUGGAGGGAGGAUAUUUUCAUAUUCAAUCUACAAAACCUGAUACAAUUGGGGUAGGCUUAAGAGAAAGUCCAGCUGGGCUUGCAGCUUACAUGCUGGAGAAGUUCAUUACUUUAGCUAAUCCAGCGUAUAAAGAUCUUGAUGAUGGUGGUCUUGAAAAGACUUACGGAAUUACUACGCUUAUUGACAACAUCAUGUUAUACUGGGUUACUAAUUCAAUAACAACCUCUAUGAGGAUAUACGCAGAAGAUUGGACCAAAAUAAACAGAGAAGAUUUAAGCAUUGAAAGGAUACCAAUUACAAUUCCUACGGGCUGUGCUAGAUUUAGGCAUGAAGUUUUCUUGUAUCCCGAAGGCAUUAUGAGAGAAAAAUACCAAAAUUUAAUUCACUUAACCAAUCAUGAAGGAGGACAUUUUCCAGCUCUAGAAGUUCCUGAAACUUUAGCCGAAGAUAUUUUCACGUUUAUCGACAAAGUAAACAAAUUAAACUCUACUGAAUAAUUAUGUGUGAUCGUUUUUUUAUAUCUAAAUUAAAUUACUUUUUUAUUUGACUGCGUUUUAUUUACAACAAAC